AUGGAAUACAUCAAAAUCACAAAGGUGGACGAUGUUCUGCUGUUUCGACGUGGAGUCUCGCAUAAAGGCACGCUGCAUUUAACUACACACCACUUGAUCUUCACCCUCCCGCCGUCGGCGUCCGGCAUGAGAGAGCUGUGGUGCUGUUAUCCGAUGAUCGAGAAGGUCGAGCUCAACAGAGGGUCGUCCCAAUUAUACCUAUUGGAUGCGGAAACACAUCCGUCUCUGUGCAGAGGUGCGUCUCUGAGGGUGCGAUGUCGCGACUUUACGUAUUUGGCGUUCGAUUUUGCCGAUCUGUCCCAGUGUCAGGACGUAUUUGAAAGCAUCAUGAAGUUGACGUGUAUCGAUGACAUAGACAAAGUUUACGCAUUUAUCUACACGCCCAUCAAGAUCGAGGUUGCGUUUAACGGCUGGAAUGACUACCAAGUGCGCAGUGAGUUCCAGAGACAGGGCCUGGACAUGGUGGCGGGCCCGUGGCGACUGUCGACGCUCAAUAGCGACUAUCGGCUUUGUCAGAGCUAUCCGUCGCACACGGUGGUCCCGCGAAGCAUCAGCGACACCGUUCUUGCGCAUUCCGUGAGCUUCAGGUCCAAGAAUAGAUUUCCAGCAUUGACAUACUACUACAAGGAGAACGGGGCGUGCAUUGUGCGCAGUGCGCAACCACUGACAGGACUCAAGCAGAAUCGGUCGUUGCAGGACGAAAAACUGUUGACAGAGAUUUUUGCGACGAAUGGGCACCAGACAACCACCAAUCUGAUUGUCGACGCACGACCAAUGACCAAUGCAAUGGCCCAGGCAGCUCUGGGCGCCGGCACGGAGGUGAUGGAAAAUUAUCCCAAUUGCAAAAAGGUGUUUCUCAACAUCGAAAAUAUUCACGUCAUGAGAGAAAGCCUAAAUAAAAUAAAGGAGGUGCUGAAAAACAGCGAUGUGUCAACGCGGCUGUACAAUCCUGAGCUGUUGAUCAAAUCGGGGUGGCUCGAUCACAUUUCAAAUUUGCUCAAGGCUACAGACUUGCUCGUUAAAUCGAUCCACCUCAACGGAAUGCAUCUUAUGCUGCACUGUUCUGACGGCUGGGACAGAACGUCGCAGGUGGCGUCGCUCGUGCAGCUCUGUCUUGACCCGUAUUUCCGCACUAUGGAUGGAUUUGUGGUUCUGGUCGAAAAAGACUGGUGUUCUUUUGGCCAUCGUUUUAACGAGCGGUGCGGCCAUCUGCAACGAGAAACCAAGUUUUACAACUAUACGCAGGACACAAACUUCCAAAAACUUAAGCAGCUCAACCAGCAUUUCAAGCAUCAGCAGAAUACAAAGUUGGAAAGCCCCGUGUUCCAGCAGUUCCUCGACUGUGUGUACCAGUUGCUACGCCAGCAUCCAGAGAAGUUCGAGUUUAACGAGCGCUUUCUGCGUCGUCUCGUGUACCAUCUGUACUCCUGUCAGUACGGAACGUUUCUGUACGACUGCGAGCGUGAGAAGAAGGAGCUACAGCUUGAAAGCAGGACCCAGUCGGUGUGGAACUACUUCAAGAGCAGAAAGCGAGAGUUCAGUAAUCCUGGCUACCACGAGGAGCACGAAGUAAUAUAUCCCAACUAUAACAAUGUGCGGUUCUGGCACCAGCUGUUUGGCAAGAGUUCCGGCUACUCAGCAAGCUGAAGGCCUGGAAAAGAUGGAAGUUGGCGAAUCGUAGCCGACGCUAGAGCUUGGCAACGUCUGCUUUCCACACCAUGCCGCACCAUUUGCUGAUCUCGAUGGCCAACUCACGACACUCCCUCACCGUUUCCAGAUCCAGGCCUAGGUUCAGCGCGCCUUUCAGAUGACCCUUGAGCUGCGGGUUCACGUCUUGCGGGAUAAGACACGAUAUCACAAUCAUAGAGGUUUCCUGUGGAGUCAGCACAUCUGAAAACGACAGUAGAGGCGAAUAGACAUGCUGGAUGGUAUAUGUCCAUAGAUCUGGAUAUGACGAGCUCAUCUGGUUGAUGACACGUCCGCUUAUCUUGCUGUAGAUGGUUUUCCAGAACUUUAUCCCCCGGUCCUGUUCUGCCUCGUAAUCUGCAAACGAUUCAAUGGAUUGUCGUUUCACAUCGCCGGUCGCACGCAGAGGUUUGGGCGUAGUUUCUCUCAAGAUCAUUAGAGAGUUGAUGGCUUUAGGCAAUCCGCUCAACGCAGCCGUCUUGAGAAUGCUUUCUCUGAAUUUAUCAGACAGCUUCAUCCCGGACUUGAUCUCGUACGGACAGCUGUUGAUGUCGGCCGAGACAGAUUCGAUCGUUUGCACCACGCGGUGAUACAGCUCCUCGGACGGCUUGCCCAGCCCGUUAUUCACGUGGAGAGCGUAGUGGUACAAUGUAGGGAUCUCUUGGGGCUGGUUGCAGACUGUCAGCGUGACCGUCGCUAUCAGAUACCACAUAUUGCCCAGUCGUGGGGCAUUGGAUAACCGUAUUAAUCGCUGCGGAGUGAGAAUCAUAUAUUUUUUUAAAAAAAUGUUUCACUAUAUGGGCCCUGUGCAGCAGUAAAUCAACAUUGGCCACUCAGAAUUUACCCUUCAGCUCAGGAACAAUCGAGAGCACCUUGCCUUGGUCAACAAAAGUCUCGACGUUUUUCACAACAAACUCUUCCAUGGCCUUCAUCGUCUCGACCGUGUGUGUUCCCAUAUGAGGCAGCGACACCACGUUUGGCUGCCGGAUCAGCUCCAUGUUGACGUGAGGCUCAUUUUCAAAAACGUCCGAUCCGAAAGCACCCACUUUGCCGCUCUUGAGGGCCGGCAAGAUGGCGUUCUCGUCCACAAUAGGGCCCCUGGCAGUGUUAAUAAUCACCACACCGUCUUUCAUCUUGGCAAUAGUAUCCUUGUUGAUCGAAUGUCUUGUGGCGCUGUUGAGCGGAAUAUUGAUUGAGAUCACGUCCGACUGGCGCAGAAGCUCGUCCAUGCUCACGUAUUCGGCACCUUGCUCCAACUCCGGAGCAAGACGGUUCCGGUUGUGAUAGAGAAUCUUUCUGAACCCAAAAGGUUUGGCCCUGUCUCUCACUGCACGGCCAAUGCCGCCCAUUCCGUAGAUUCCAAGCACCUUGCCUUCAGGGUCGUGGCCAACUGCAGUGCCGGCACAUUUUUCAGUCGGCCACUUACCCUGCAGCAAUCUCAGCGUCGAGUCCUGGAAAUUCCUCAAUGCACCCAAAAGAAGGUAAAUGUGUGUGUCUGCAGUAGCCGCGUCGACAAUAGAUGGCACAUUAGACACCUGGAUUCCAAGCUUGCCGCACUCAACAGCAUCCACCUGGUCAUACCCAGCACCGUUGUGCGAGAUGGCCUUGAGAGAGGUCUUCUCCUUGAGCAGGGCGAGUAACUCUUUGUCAAGCAGUCCAGUCUGUUUGACACUCUCAAACGUUCUCGCAAUGAUGCUCACGUCCUUGAACUUGCCAUCGUUGAGCUCCUUGAGGAAUUCUUCUCUGGACGAAGCCCCGCUCUCCACCACCUCGACGUUGGGUUUCUGCUCGAGCUUCUGCCACGCCUCCUGGGCGUAUCUGAUUGGUCCAAAUCUGAGAACCUUAACGGUGGACAUGCUUCUAUAAAAUGUGCUGUUCGAUUGUUUAGCCCAAGAUAA